AUGGUUAUGCAUGUCUUUUCAACUACGUACGGGAAGUCAAACCAACCACACUUGGAAGAGUAUUUUAAGAAAGCAUGUCAAGAUCUUAUCGUGAAGACGUCUACUCAAAACCACAAGGUUUCUGCUAUUUUGGUGUUCGGAGACUCCACUUCUGAUCCUGGAAACAACAACUACAUUCUGACCCCUUUCAAGGGCAAUUUCCCACCUUAUGGGAGAGAUUUUGCAAACCAAAAAGCGACAGGGAGGUUUACCAAUGGAUUGCUAACUAGUGACCUUAUUGGUAGGUAUCUUGGUGUAAAGGAUAAUGUGCCUCCUUAUCUGGAUCCUUCACUUACCAUUCAUGAUCUGAUGACUGGAGUUAGUUUUGCUUCUGCUGCAUCCGGAUUUGACCCUCUUACACCAACGAUAAGCAACGUGAUCCCCAUGCAUGUGCAAUUAGAAUAUUUUAGAGAGUAUAAAGUACGAUUGACUGCAAAGCUUGGGGUGUUGAGAGCAAAAGAAAUUGUAAACAACGCUUUGUAUAUUGUGAGCGCGGGUACAAACGAUUUUGUUGUGAAUUAUUUCACACUUCCGGUUAGAAGACACGAAUACACUCUUCCCGGUUACAUGGACUUCCUCCUCAACAAACACUUGGAAUUCGUGCAGGGGUUGUUGGAUGAAGGAGCUCGCAAGAUUGGAGUUGCUGGACUGCCUCCAAUGGGUUGCUUGCCAAUUGUCAUCACUCUUUUCUCUGAAGAUGCAGUUUUGGAUCGUGGUUGUAUUGAUUACUUCUCAUCAGUGGGCAGGACUUACAAUUCCAUGCUCCAAUCAGGACUAAACAUCAUGCAAUUCAACAAUGCGCUCCAAGGUGGUCGGAUCACCUAUUUUGAUACUUAUUCACCCUUAUUUGACGUAGUUGCAGGUCAUAAAUAUGGGUUCAAAGAAGUUAAGCUUGGAUGUUGUGGGACUGGCUUAUUAGAAACGACAUUCCUAUGCAAUCCUAAGUCAAACAUAUGCCCAGAUGCGUCUAAGUAUGUAUUUUGGGACUCGAUACACCCAACGCAAGAGAUGUAUAAAAUUGUUUUCGAAUCUCUUCAACCUACCAUUGACUACAUGAUCAAGGACUAAACUAAUAUAUACUUAAUUUAAAGCUAUACAUAGUGGUAUAAGACUGUGAUUCAUACAGCUUUUCAUUAUUCAAGAUUAAACCAUGUUAAAAUGAUGUAUUUGCUUUAUUUGUUUUGCUCCCAAACAUAUAAUCAAAAUGUAUAAUCAUGUAUCCUUAUUCAUGUAUCCAUAGACACACGAUUUAAUGCUCAUGGAAGGGAAUAUGAGUAUGUACCUAGCCUACUG